AUGCUAAUCGAAGACGCCACCGAGCAGCAUGGGACGACAGAUCGAUGGAGAGGAUGGUCCGAUUUCGAUGAAUUGAGGAUUACCGAGGAGUCCGCCGUGUGUGACGAUCUUACGGAUCGCAGUAGUCAAAGGCGAUCCACUGGUAACUGCUGUAAGGACUGCAGACCCAGAAGGGCGGUCAUAGUCCAAGGAGACGGCUUCACGGAGUUUCUGCCAAAUGGAUCGGCAUCGCCUGCGACCGCCUUGUUCGUCCGUCCGUGUGCCCAGAAUGGUGUCGGCCGUCCGUCUGCAUGCCACGUCACGGCUCCCAGCGACAAGUUACUUCGAUAG